AACACACUCCUCUGCCAUCGCCACUAUAUAACCUUCUUCUUCUACCUCUCUCUCUUUCAACCAUAUUUCUCUUUCUAAAAUUCUAUUCCCUCUUCUUCUCUCUCUCUCUCUAGAACCUCUCUGCUUGUGAGGUAGGAGCUUCUCUUCGUUUCUCCUCCUCUCUGUUGCGUUCAAGCAUCUUCAAUGUUCAAUACUUCACCGAUCAAAAUGCACAACAAGGACGUUUGUUCUCCAUCAUCUAAAGGUGGAUUCGGCGUCAACACCGCCGGCCACAUGCAGUCGAACGCCGGCGCACUUGCUUCAUUGUACUCCGCUCUGACUAACGAGAAUCAUCCAUCCCUUUCUGGAAACUGCAGCAACGGCGGAGGCGUAUCGCUUUACCAGUACUCCGACUCAGGAACUGAAUACGACUCGUGCGUGAUACAGAAGCAUCAAGAUAUGGUGAAUCGUCACAGUAUGUGCCUCAGCCGUCUUGUGGAAACUUCGAAAGAGGUGGAAGCUCUGCAGCAGGAGAACGGACAGCUCCGUGCAUUGAAUAAGGAACUGCAGAAGCAACUGAACCUCCUCAUUCAGGCGUCACUGGAGAAUCGAUAUGGUAGUGGUGGAGGCUCCUCCGGCCAAACACAAACGACUCCGUUUGACGUUUUACACGGUUUCCAUAGCUUGAAUCUUGGCGAUGGUAAAGAGAACUGUGCUGAUUGGAAUAACAAUAACAUAAAUAAUAAUAACAAGGAUCUGCAAGAAGUUUCUGAUGAGAGUCCAACUAGCGUGAUAGAGAAUAACGGUGUUGAAGUGGAGAGGUUCUCGUUGCCAAAGAGCAUUUCUGUUAGAUCCAAUGGCUACUUGAAAAUGGCUCAGCCUCCAACCGUUGCCACUAAUAACAGUAAUGCUUGUCGCACCAAAGGCGCUACCCGCUCCCGCGCGUCUUCCACUCAACCUGACGCAGUUCAAAAGGUAUAUGUGCGAGGAGGGCAGAAAGAGGAAGAGCCUCUUGAGAUGGUUGUGUAUAACCAGGGGAUGUUCAAGACUGAGUUGUGUAACAAAUGGCAGGAAACUGGAACAUGCCCUUAUGGAGACCACUGCCAAUUUGCUCACGGCAUUGGUGAGCUACGCCCAGUCAUUCGCCACCCACGCUACAAAACUGAGGUCUGCAGGAUGGUCCUUGCUGGGGUUGUGUGCCCGUAUGGCCAUAGAUGUCAUUUCCGUCAUGCACUUAAUGAACAAGAAAGAUUAUCACAACCUAAGCCCAGAUCAAUGAAGCUGGAAAGAUAAAUAGUCUGAAAUGGAGUUGUUUGUAUGACUCAAAACGUUCUCAACAACAGUACAUAAUAAUAUUCUUGAUUGUGUAAUUACAAACUGCAGGGAGCAUGAGCUAAAAAUAAUUACUUUCCAUUAGAAAGUAAUACUAAUGCAGAAAAAACAAUGGACGGUUGCAGCAAAUUGAGGUGAUCUAGAGCAGCACCCUUGAGGAGAAUAUUGUCGUCGGUUGUCAUGUCUUUCUUUUUUUUUCCUCCCCCAUAAGUUUGACAUUUUGAUUUUUGAACACUACAUACAAAUACGUCUAUUGGUCCAAACACAACGAACCAAAGGGAAAGUACUCUUUGAAAUAAUACAUUUUUUUGGUAGUUUUGUAAUUGAUGCUCGUUCCAUACUUUGCAUAGUAAGCAAUUUCUGGUUGUGCUUGUAAUAUGUUUCAAGUGGUCUAUUUUACAAUUCUUUCUA